AUGGCCAACAGCCUCCACCGGAUCACAGCAGCCCCAGCGCCUGCCCCUCUCAGCAUCACUUACGCCCCUCGUGGCCAGGCGGCUCCUCCCCGCACCCUCCCCCACUACAUCCCCCCAUACACCCUCCCCCACCCACCACCUGCUGGCGUUCCGCUCUGGGCCCUGCAAGCCGGGCGCCCCCCCAUGCGUAAGAGAUCAGACUGCCUCUCUCACCUCCCCAUACCAGGGAGUCCUCCCCCGAGCACCCUCAGAGCCAGGGGCUCUCGCCUCACGCACCCCAGCUGCAGAGCCCACCCCCUUGCCCUCACCCACCCGGGAGCCGGAGCCCCCUUCCUGCCACGAGCGUCCUCCCCCCACCCCAGCCACCGCCCCGGCGGGAGCUCCCAUAACGCCUACCGAGCCCGCGCCCGGAAGUCCUCCCCAUCGACCCGCGCCUGCGCCAGGAGUAGCUCCGCCUUCUUCCCGCCACACGCAGCAGCCCUUAGCCCUCGCCUCGUGUCUCGGCCCGGGGAGGGGGCCCGAGAGUCUUCCCCAUCGACCCGCACCUGCGCCAGGAGUAGCUCCGCCUUCCUCCCGCCACACGCAGCAGCCGUUAGCCCUCGCUUCGUGUCUCGGCCCGAGGAGGAGGAGUGGCCCACCCGUAGCGUCCUCCCCACCCCCACAGCCAGUCGUCCUCUCCUCUGGCCCCCAAAGCCGGCCCCACCCGCCCAGCAGGAAGCCCUCCGCUCUGGACCCUCCCCCACUACAUCACCCCAUACACCCUCCCCCACCCACCACCUGCUGGUGCUCCGUUCUGGGCCCUGGAAGCUGGGCGCCCCCCCCAUGCGUAGAGAUCAGACUGCCUCUCUCACCUCCCCACAACGGGGAGUCCCCCCACCCGAGCACCCUCAGAGCCAGGGGCUCUCGUCUCUCACAUCCCAGAUGCAGACCCCAUCCGUCUUGCCCCCCCCCACCUGGGAGCCGGAGCCCCCUUUCUGCCACGAGUGUCCUCCACUCCACCCCACCCCCCGCCCCGGCGGGAACUCCCAUAACGUCUACCUUGCCCGCGCCCGGGAUUCCUCCCCAUCGACCCGCGCCUCAGCCAGGAGUAGCUCUGCCUUCUUCCCGCCACACGCAGCAGCCUUUAGCCCUUGCCUCGUGUCUCGGCCCGAGGAGGGGGCCCAGGAGUCCUCCCCAUCGACCCGCGCCUGCACCAGGAAUAGCUCCGCCUUCCCCCCCGCCACACGCAGCAGCCAUUAG